AUGUUCUCGAGCUGCUUCGCCGUUGUUCGUACCGAGAAUGCGCGACUGGCGCUGCAGCUGCUGCGGUCGGCGAGCGACACGAUAGAUUUGAUUCUGGCGGAGGUGGAGCUGCCGAACGGCAAGGGGUACAAGAUGCUCAAGAUCAUCAUGCGCGAGGAGCGCCUCAAAAACAUCCCCAUCGUCAAGGCGUUCGGCGCCUGGCCGAACCUCGCUCUCAUACGCUUCUCGUCUUCCUCUCUCCCUCUUUCCCUCUCUUCUUGCCUCCCCCUCCCCCCCGUUCUUUUUCUUUCCUCUCCUCCGCCCGUCCCUCUCGUGGCGCGUCUCCCCGCACGACGCGCAGUGAUGUCGACGCGCGACGAGAUGGCGAUCGUCGUCAAGUGUCUGCGCCUCGGAGCCGCGGAUUUCCUCGUGAAGCCGCUGCGCACCAACGAGCUGCUCAACCUCUGGACGCACAUGUGGCGCCGCCGCCGAUCCGUGGGGUUGGGGGAGGUUCCGCGGCACAUGAUGGCGGUGAGCGCAAGCGAGGUGGCGCACGAUUUAAAUGAAAGAGAGGAGGUAGUGGAGGAGGUAGCGGAGGAGGAUGGAGAGGAAAGGAACGGGGCGGGGCGAAACAAGAGGAAGGAGGCAGAGAGACAAACAACGGACACUUGGGGCGUGAGGGGGGACGGCAAAUGGCGGAACAGCGCGGCGCAAGUGGCGGAGCAGGGAGAGGAGGAGAAAGCGGUGGAGGAAGGGGAGGAAGAGGAGAUGAUACUAGAGCGGCAGGAGCGAGAGGAGGCGGAGGCGGAGGAGGGCAGGCAGCAGCGACGCGAGCUCAUGCUGCUCGAAGCGCGCGACUCGCCGGGGGCGGGAGCAGCGGGAGGGGAGGAAAGGGAGGAGAGGGAAAGCAGCGACGCGCAUGAGCAGUCGUUGAAGCGGCGCCACGUGGCAGCGCAGGGAGGGCGGGGCGCAGGAGGUGGCGGAGCGGCGCGCGCUGGAGCGCACGAGAGGAGGAGCAAGCUCGGCGCGCAGGACAGGGCGGAGCGGGAGGAGGUUGAGGGCCAGCCGCAGCAGACAAUGCCUGCGCUCGAGCUCUCGCUCAUGCUGCCACGUGUCGCACUGCCGUUGGACGAGCCAUGCGCGUCUGCGCGCCGUCUGCCGCCCGACCGAGGCCCCGUAGAAGCUCCAGACCCCGUUCAUCCGUCGCUCGAGCGCCCACGCCCCGCCAUGCCCCCGGCGGCUGCCGCCACUCUCCUCGCGCUCUGCACUUCCGCGGUGGCCGCCGUCGCGUCUGCGCCUCCGCGCGCCACUCUCGCCGCUACAACUGCCAUUGCCGCGACAACUGCGGCUACAGCUGCAGCUGCAGCGAGUGCAUCAGCAGCAGCAGGCCUCUCCUUGUCUUCCGCCAUCCCCCCCACCGCGCACCCCCUGCUCCCCCCGCCCAACCAAAUGCUGCUGCGCCGAGCAGUCUCCCACGAGCCAACCUCCGCGCCUCUCUUUUCCUCCGCCCGCCCUCCCUCCUCCCCCACCCGCGCAUCUGCGCUCCAGCCCUCCCCGCCCCUCUACGCCUCCCGCGUGCUCCCCUCGCGCACCUCCCCCCAGCCACCUGGCUCCGCGGCUGUUGCCACUCUGCUCCCGCCCUCCAGUCCCCUUCUUCCCUUCCGCCUAGCCCCCUCGCUCCCCUCUGCGCCAUCUGCGCCCUCUCUACACUCCCCCGCGCACCACGCGCUCCCGAUGCGCACCAUCAGUCAGCCCAUCCUCCCCUCCGCUUCCGCCGCCCGCCCUCCCGAAUUCCGCCUAUCCCAAAGCCCGCCCGCGCCUACUGCCGCGCAAGCCGCCGCUGCUGCUACCACUGCUGCACCAGCCACUGCGGCCGCGCCCAUCCUCCCCGCGUCAGCUUCGGCUGCUGCGCGCGCCCCCCAUACCGCCGCUCGCGCUGCCCUGAGUCGUUCAGCGAGUGGGGAGCAGGCCGCGGGGACCAAGGGCGCGGAACUGGCUUCUGCGUUGAAACGAGGAGGUGCGCUGCCUUUCCCGUCGUGGCCUGACCCGUCUGCUGCUGCCAUGCUCUUCAAUCCCGCUUCUACUGCUGACGCUGCUGCUGGGGGAGCAGCAGGAGGGAUGGGCGGCAUGGGAGGAGCAGGAGGGAUGGGAGGUUUGGGAGGAAUGGGAGGGAUGGGGGGAAUGGGGGGGAUGGGGCCAAUGGGAGGGAUGGGUGGAAUGGGGGGAGGGAUGGUCAGCACAGUGGGAGGGGGAGGGACGAGUGCAGGCGGGGGUGGGUUGAUGGAGAGGCGAGUUGAAGGGUAUGAGCGUCGUGAGGCUGCUCUGAACAAGUUCAGGCAGAAGCGCAAGGAGCGGUGCUUUGAGAAGAAGAUUCGGUACGUGAGCAGAAAGAGACUGGCGGAGAUGCGACCACGAGUUAAGGGGCAGUUUGUGCGGAAGAAGACGGGGGGGAAAGGGCACGGCGGGCAGCAGGAGAGUGAGGAGGAGGACGAGGAGGAUGAGGAGGAUGAGGAGGAAGAAGAGGAGGGAGGAAAUGAGUAG